ACGUCUCAGACAACUGUAAAUUUAUGGCUACUGUGGUUUAAUUAUAAAUGCUAUCAUAAGCUCAUAUUUACCAUAGUAAAAUAAUUUUCUUUGCCUCUUAUUUAUUUUAUACUGUAAAAACUUAAACCACAUAAGUUGAAAAUGAAUAAAGGUUGAAAUAUUAUAUUAGAAGUUUUACCCAAUUUUUUUUGGUAAAGUUAUCCAAAGGAUUCAUUAGCUAAUUUAAAAAAAAGAACAUUAGAUUAAUUAUUUAUUGUUAUAAAAAAUAAUCUUUAGAUUAGUCGACUAAUCGAAAAAAUAAUCGUUAGAUUAGUCGACAGAAAAAAUAGUCGUUAGUUGCAGCUCUAAAAUGUUCCCUCCAGGUGGAAUGACUUCCCCAACUCAAUCCGAGCAGCUGAGUCCUUAGCCAUCUUCAAGAAUCGGCUUAAAACCCAUCUCUUCCAACUUUGUUUGACCCUCUAACUUACUAUUCCCACUCACUAUUCUAAUUCUAUUCUUAAAAAAAAAAAAAAACUUAACUACCUAUAUAAUCUUUUUAUAUUCAAUCUAUUUUCUAUUUAUUUAUUAUACAAGUAUAAAAAACCUCUAACAUUAGCUUGCUCUAUUCUUUUUCUAUUUUAUCCAUUUUCUUUUAAUUAUUUAAUUAAUUUCUUUUAAUAUUAUAUUAUUUAAAACCCCUUGCUAUGUGUACUGCGUAAAAUAAAACUGAGACUUGUUAUAGCACUUGUUUAUCAUUGAUCUUUUGUGGUUUUUGAUUGCUUUUAUUGUCCUCAUUUAUAAGUCGCUUUGGAUAAAAGUGUCUGCUAAAUGUAAAUGUAUAACGAACACUAAUAGAAAUAAUGCUGAAAGACGAGAAAAAAAACACAUUUUAGAUUUAAAACUUAAAAUAAAUAUCCAUAAAAAAUAUACCCUUGGCAAUUAACUGAAAUAAGUUUAAACUGAACUACUCGAAUAUCUAAAAUUAUAACUAAAACAGAAAUGAAAGCAAAAGAACUCAAAUGAAUACUAAAAAUAAAAGCUAAUUCAAAAUUUUGAAUACUAUAAUAGCAUCUAAAUAAAAAAAAUAGCACUGUUAUGUACACAUACUGCACUUUUAGGCUAAAAGAUAUUGUUUUUUCAUAUUGUUUAUAUUGUUAAAAAACAUUUAUUCAUACUUUUGUUUAGUAAAAUUCAGCCAUCUGUUUUAAUUCAACAGUCUGUUGUAUCCCUUAAAGUCUCAAGAACAUAAUCGCCAUUUCAUCAACUCCUGAGGGUUAACCAUAUACACUUCGUUCAGCACAUAACAAAGGCACAUGUACAAUUAGACACUGCUUUCAGCUGAUAAAAUACAUCUGUGCACACUACACCUGAGUGACACCUGUUGACACACAAGAAUCUAGCAUGCAAACAUCAAAGAUCUGUUCCUUAAGUUUCGGUUUUAUAUAACCGGAAAGAAGUCACACCCAGAACCUUUUACUGUAAAGCAAAAGAUCAUCUGAUGUGACAGGGAGGAGCUUAGAGUCAAUAUAUACUUGUGUUGUAUUUCUGCGUGAGUAGAUCAUAUUCUCUAGACCAGGAAGUGGAUUUUAGGCUGGACUGAGCAUCAGGACAGAGGAUCUGAAGAGCGCUGUAUAUCUGCCCUUGGGUUUUUCACAGCUCUAUUAUGGAAAGCCAGAGGAGAUCAUUGGGAGAUGAUUCUACCAUUUCACCCGAGCUGGACCGCUUGAUCAGGCAGAGAGGUCGAGAUCUACGGCUGCGCAAGCUUGACCAGCAGAAUGCUGUGAAGAUAGUUAACCAUCUAAUGGACAGCUUGCUGGAAUUCCUGAAGAAUAAUGAAGAUCAGCCCUUCUUCAGGGAGGUCUCAGUUCUCACCAGUGGAAGCUAUUAUGAGUUGGUGAAGAUCAACAAACCCAAUGAGUUUGACAUUAUGCUGAAACUGAAAGGCCCAAGGCUUGUACUCUCAGAACUGGAAGAAUAUCAAGGACUGUUUUAUAAGAUAAAGCUUUGCAAAGCCACACGAACUGAAAUCCAGCACUUUCUUCUGGAAGAUGAACGAACCGUCUCAGCAACCAAAAUCAAAGCAGAAAUGUACCGCUUGGUCCGCAAAUUCAUUAGCAACCAUUUUCAAGGUGAAGGUUGGGUGAUACGCAGAAAUCUAGUAAAUUCACCGGCAGUGACCCUUGAAUUUAAGGCGAAAGAGAAUGAGGAUGAUGUGAUGUCUGUGGACAUUGUUCCUACUCUUGAGGUGCCACAAGGUUGGCCACAAGCAGCACGGGCAGGCCCCAAUGUAGACAAAUGGCUUGGAAAAAAAUGUCGUCGCCAAUUUGUAAGUAAGGCUGUGUAUUUUGUCCCAAAAAGACCAAAAGGAAGAAACCUCAAAGAUGACGCCAAAGAGAGCUGGCGAAUAUCCUUCUCUCACAUUGAAAAAGAGAUGAUGCAUUAUCAUGGCAAUAAGAAGACGUGCUGUGAGACUCAUUCCAAUAGGUGUUGUCGGAAACUUUGUUUGCGGCUUCUGAAGUGUCUGAUUGAGGGACUGAAGCAGCAGUAUCCCAAAGAGCUUGAGCCUCUGUGUUCCUACCAUGGGAAAACAGCCUUCUUCCACGUCCUUUCAGACAGAGUGCACGAUACCCUUUGGUCUCCAGGCCAGCUGUCCGUCUCCUUCAUGAAGCUCUUUGGAUACUUUGAGCGAUGUGCACUGAAUGGUUCACUACCCCAUUUCUUCGUCCGCGAACAUAAUCUUUUCUCCCCACCUGCAUUUCCCAAGCGAGCUCUUUUAUUUCUGACCAAUGUUCUGAGGGAACAAAGAGAAUUGGGGCUCCCUGUUCUGAAGGUCCCAAGUCCUACCUUUGCUCUUGUUCCUGACACUGAUGCUGUGAUUCAGCCAAUCAGUGGCACAGAGAGUAUUGUGGUUUCUGAGCGUUCUUUUAGGCAUGUAUAUGUAUGCUUAUUGGUUGUCAUUGUGUGUGUAGGAAUCGGAUGUGUAUUUCAAACAUGAAUGAUGACUGAUGUUUUUUUUUUUUUGAAUCCUCUCCAGAUAUGGAGAUGUAAUCAUUUGCGCAAUACAAAAUGAUUGCAAACAUUUCUAGUGAAAAUUAUGUAAAAGAUCAUCCAUUUAUGUCAUAUGUUUAAAUUAUUUUCUGUGUAUUUUAUCAUAAAUGUACAGCCAUAUAUCCAUGAGAAAUAAAAUUGGAGAAAAAAAAAUAAAACACUUUUAAUUAAAUCCGAGAAAAGACA